CUGGGAGUGAGUGAGCGAGCGCUCUCGCGGAGUUACAAACUGGAUGGAGCGAUUGAAGUAGAUACUUUAGUUAUAUUAAGUGGAUUUUGACAGCGGAUCUCUGGCUUUGGUCUGACGGCGUUUCCGACUGGAUCUUAUAGCUUGCCCACUGGGAAAAUAAAUCACUAUCUACAAGAAAGAAAGCUGGCAUGCGCUAAUAUGGAAACCAAACCAUUCUUGUCUCUAGACUCCUCCGGUCAGCUCUCGUCGCCUCCUUUAAGCUCCUCCAUGGGUCACCGAGGCAUCAGUAACCAUCCUCUGCACCAGCCCCUGCUCAGCCCGUCUGCGAUGAGCUCCAGCCCGGGUCAGCUGCACUCGCCCAUCAACGGCCUGUCCUCGCCGUUCCCCGUCAUCAGCUCGCCCUUGUGCCAUCCCUCCAUGAGCGGCCCAUCCUCCACCAGCAUGACCUUCAGACCCAGUCUAAGCCCACAGCUCAGUUCGCCCAUGAAUGCAGUCAGUAGUUCGGAGGACAUUAAACCCCCUCUGGGUCUGAACGGGAUGAUGAAGGUCCCGGCACAGCCCACAGGCACAUCCCUCUCCCUCACAAAACACAUCUGUGCCAUUUGCGGAGACCGUUCAUCAGGUAAACACUACGGGGUGUACAGCUGUGAGGGCUGUAAGGGCUUCUUCAAGAGAACGGUGAGAAAGGAUUUGACGUACACUUGCCGAGACAACAAGGACUGUUUAAUCGACAAACGGCAACGCAACCGCUGCCAAUACUGCCGCUAUCAGAAGUGCUUAGCCAUGGGAAUGAAGAGAGAAGCCGUUCAGGAGGAGCGGCAGCGGGCGAAGGAGCGGAGCGAGGCUGAAUUCGGCAGCUGUGCCAACGAGGACAUGCCCGUGGAGAAGAUUCUGGAUGCCGAACUGGCAGUGGAACCAAAGACGGAGACCUACGUGGAGGCCAACCUGAGUCCGCCUGCCAACUCUGUAAGCCAAUCUCUCCCUCUAAAUCACACUCAGUGACAUUCAACUUAUGGAGAACAUUUGGCUCAUCUGAAAUGUGCCAUUUCAGAGUUACACUUCACAAUUGCUCCUCGGUGAACCGGCCGGGCUCGAUCAUUUUCUGAAUGUCAAGACU